ACAAGCUCGACAUCUUCCGGUUCGACCGGACUUUGAGAAGAACGAACGCAUGUGGAAAGAGAUCAAGAAAGAGCUGCUCGGCGAAGAUUCCGAGGCCGAAGACGGCGACGACGAGUCGGGCGACUCGGACGACGACUCGGACGACGACGACGACGCGACGCCGGCGCCCGCGACGACGAUGCAAAUCCACGACUUUUCCGAGCAGGACCUGGUGAACCUCCGCCGCACGAUCUACCUCACCAUCAUGUCGAGCGUGAGCCACGAAGAGUGCGCGCACAAGCUGCUCCGGCUCAACAUCCGUCCGGGCCAAGAAGUCGAGAUUUGCGGCAUGCUCAUCGAGUGCUGCUCGCAGGAGCGCACGUACUUGCGCUACUAUGGUCUCCUCGGGCAGCGCUUCUGCCUCAUUCAGCGCGAGUACCAGAACGCGUUUGACGAUGCGUUCGCGAAGCAGUAUGCGACGAUCCACCGCCUCGAGACCAACAAGCUCCGGAACGUCGCCAAGUUCUUCGCCCAUCUUCUCUUCUCGGACGCGCUGCCGUGGACCGUCUUUGAGUACAUUCGCCUGAGCGAAGAAGAGACGACGUCGUCGUCGCGCAUCUUUAUCAAGAUCCUCUGCCAAGAGCUCGCGCAGCACCUCGGCGUGGCCAAGCUCAAGGAGCGCUUCAUGGACGAGUUUAUGGCCGCCACCUUUAGCGGUCUCUUCCCCAAGGAGAACCCGCGCAGCAUGCGCUUUGCCAUCAACUUUUUCACGUCGAUCGGCCUCGGUGGGCUCACGGUCGAGCUCCGCGAGUACCUCAAGAACGCGCCCAAGGCCAUCAUGAACGCCCCGGCGCCGUCGUCGGACGACAGCAGCUCGGACAGCUCGUCCUCGAGCCGCAAGUCGUCGUCGUCGUCGUCGUCCGGAUCGUCGUCCGGGUCGUCGUCCAGCGACAGCAGCUCCGACUCGAGCGACUCUGAGUAGGCACCUGUCUCUAAUCUUGCUCGCCAUCAUACUGUGUUUACUCCAUCAUAUUGUC